UUAGAAAUACAUUGGGGUUUGUUAGUGCUACAAAGACUGAUCAUCUGCCCAAAUUUCAGUGAGUUCUGCAGAGGAAUAGCAGUGAUGGAUCACCGUCUGAUUGUAUUCCUGCUGAUUUUUACAGGGAUUCUUCCUCUCGUCCUGUCUGUCGAUCGUAAGUACUUCCUGAUCAAUGAAAAGAAGUCUUGGAGUGAUGCUCAAGCUUAUUGCCAAGCAAAUUACACUGACCUGGCUACCAUCGACACCAGUAACGACACGGUCAACAUUCAGAAGGAAGCAGUGGCAAAGGCAUUCUAUUCCAGGGCUUGGAUUGGACUGUACACGGAGAUCAACAAGUGGCUGUGGUCGUUUGAAAAUGAGCAGAUUGUUAAUUUUACAUCCUGGAAUGUUGUAGAUCCUAACAACUUGUUAGGAGAUGAGUGGUGUGGCUUCAUAUAUCUAGGGAAAUGGUAUGAUGCACCAUGUGAAUGGCAGUUACAAUCUGUGUGUUUUGAUGGCAGGGAGAAUGCCACUGACAGGUACAUUUUAAUCACUCAGCUUAAGACGUGGUAUGACGCUCAGAGCUACUGUAGGCAGAAGUACACAGACCUGGCCAGUGCAAGAAAUGCAACAGAAAACUCAAUUAUAGCGGGAAAAAACUUGGGGGUUUUUGUUUGGUUUGGUCUCUGCAGAGACCCCUGGAAAUGGUCAGAUCAGACCAGCAACGUAUCCAUCCUUAAAUGGUGGGCUGGAGAUGCUAAUGAUUACUUGCAGAAUAAAAGUUGUGGCUUCUUGUAUGGUGGUCUGGCUGAUCAAGCCCAGUGCUCAAAUGUAAUGCCUUUCUUCUGUUACGAAUUCCCAACUCAAAAGCAGAUCCUAAAAGUGAAGGUCAAGUCCAGUCAGGAUGUGAACGAUCCUGCAACAUUGGCAUCCAUCUUUGAGAAGAUCAACCAGACACUGGUGGAUCACAGAAUGGCUGAGACCAUCACUGUGAAAUGGAGACAGCAAUCAGAUGGAGUGGUGUUUCACAAAGAAAAGGAAAAUGUUACUAAAAUUGGACAAGGACACAUGUGAUCUUUAAAUCUGUAGCAUCACUUUGAAUCAUUUUAUUACUUGAGUCUAUAUAAAAUAUGUAAUAUUUUCACUUUAUUAAGUAGUUCUUUGUUAUAAUUAUAGUAAAUGUUAAAAGCACUGUACAAUUCAAACUAAAUUGAAUUUACUAUUUCAUCACUGCUUAGUAUUAAUCAGGAUUCAAUUGAUUAGCUAGCAAAUUCAUCUCUGCAGAUUUUAUGAAAUAAAUGCUUACAUAUGAA